AUGUCUCUUGCAUGUCUGGUCAACACGGUCCACAUGCAACAUCCAUCAAACUCCAUUGAACCAUUGAAUAACAGUAGCCCCGAAGCAUUCAAUGUUAUGCUUUGUGACCAAGUCUCGUGCAGCCUGUAUUGUACUCCAAGCAUACCAGACACGUAUUUGAUAUUGAUGUAUUUGCAACCAGUACCUGGGCCCUGUUGCCGUGUGCGCCUCUGCUUUUCAUCUUUUCAGCACGGCAGCAAAAAUAGUUGGAAUCUUUUCAUCCUUGGUGGCGUUGCCAAGUGGCUCAUGGAAGAGAUGGAGUGA